AUGUCGAUGUCCGUUUCAGGCAUUCGUCGCCUCUCAUUGGUCGAUACCAGAAUGAAGUUCAGUGACAGCGAUAGUGGCAUCAACACUCGUGACAGUGACAGCGAUGGUGGCAUCAACACUCGCGAUAGUGACAGCGAUGGUGGCAUCAGCACUCGUGAUAGUGACAGCGAUGGUGACAUCAACACUCGUGAUAGUGACAGCGAUGGUGGCAUCAACACUCGCGAUAGUGACAGCGAUGGUGGCAUCAGCACUCGUGAUAGUGACAGCGAUGGUGACAUCAACACUCGUGAUAGUGACAGCGAUGGUGGCAUCAACACUCGCGAUAGUGACAGCGAUGGUGGCAUCAGCACUCGUGAUAGUGACAGCGAUGGUGAAUGGCAUUUUCGUUCUCAAAAGGAGCUCUCUCGCCCAACCUCCCCUCGCGGCGAUGAGGAUGGGGAUGGUGAUGAUGGUGAUGAGGAUGAUGAGGAUGAUGAU